AGAGUUGCAAGAUCUACGAUAGCUCUAUUUUUACCUGAAGUGUGCGAUGCAAUAUAUAAUGCUCUGAAGGAUUAUAUGCGGAUUCCCGGUCAUGGAGAUUGGAAACGCAUUGAACACGGAUUAAGAACUAAAUGGAACUUUCCUGGUUGUGUUGGGGCGAUGGACGGUAAACAUAUAAAUAUACUCGCUCCUGAUGAUACUUCUGACUACUAUAACUACAAGGGCGCCCAUAGCAUUAUACUUCUGGCAUUAGUUGAUGAUGACUAUUGUUUUUCAUACGUAAAUGUUGGGACUAAUGGCAGAGCUUCUGACGGAGGUGUUUAUCAAAAAUCGAAUUUAGCACAAGCUUUGGAAAAUUAUACUCUCAAUUUACCAGGCCAAUCAGUUGUUGUGGCAGACGCUGCUUUCCCUCUAAAGUCAUAUCUUAUGAAACCCUAUCGAACAACUCCAACGCUUCAAAAAAAAAUUUUUAACUACCGUUUAUCGAGAGCCAGACGAAUCGUUGAAAAUGCGUUUGGUAUUUUAGUAACAAGAUUUCGAGUUCUUAUGGAUGCCAUAGAUAUGGCCCCCAAAAAUGUUGAUAGAAUUACAUUAGCUGCCUGCUCUUUACACAAUUGGCUUCGGAAAACAUCUGAUAUGUACAUCACACAAAGAUGCGUCGACUUUGAAGAUAUACAACAACGUGUUGUNUUUGGGUGUUGGGGUUCAACCUGA